UCGUGAAGCGACAGAAGAGAGCACGAGCGCUCAGAGCGCGGAGCAACCGGAGGCAAAUACUGCUCGGAACUACGUUUCUUCGGAUGUUAAGUGAAGAUCAAUGUCUCUGUGGACUCUGUCGGUCAGCUCAUCCUGAUAUUUCAGAGAAAUGCCCGUAUUUACACGGCGCCACAGAUUGACUCCAGCGCACUGAAGCUCUCAUCGUCUCACCAUGGCCUUCUUCAGCUCUUUAUUUGCCCUCCUCUUCAUCAGCAGGUUUCUGGAAAACUCUCUGCUCAGCACCGAGGUGAAAGAGGGAGAGAUUCUUCCUCCGACCAUCCAGAAGCUGAUGAAAGGAUACAACAAAUACCUCCGGCCUUUCUUUGACAAUGGUCCCGUCACGGUGGGCAUGAGUUUAGACAUCGCCAGUAUUGAUACCAUUUCAGAGAUCAACAUGGACUACACCGCCACGAUCUUCCUCCGGCAGCGCUGGACAGACGAGCGGCUCGGGUUUGAAGGCAAUAAGAGCUUGAGUCUGGAUGGGGGGCGGGGGGGGCUCCUUUGGGUCCCUGAUACAUUCAUUGUGGAUUCCAAGAAAUCCUUCCUGCAUGACAUCACUGUCGAAAACAGACUGAUCCGGAUAUUCCCCAACGGAACCGUGCUGUAUGCCCUGAGAAUUACCACAACGGUGGCCUGCAGUAUGGAUCUAACCAAAUAUCCCAUGGACAGACAGACGUGCACCCUUCAACUCGAAAGCUGUAGGACUCUGAUUCUCUUCCCAGGAAAUUAUCCCAAGCUGAUCUUUCAUUUCGAGCUAAAGAGGAGCAUCCUGUACUUCAUCCUGGAGACAUACGUGCCGUCCAGCCUGCUGGUGGUUCUGUCCUGGGUCUCUUUCUGGAUCAGCCAAUCAUCCGUCCCCGCUCGCAUCUGCAUAGGCGUUACGACCGUCCUGACAAUGACCACGCUGAUGAUGGGCGCGCGGACGUCUCUGCCCAAUGCCAACUGCUUCAUCAAGGCCAUCGAUGUGUACCUGGGCAUCUGCUUCAGCUUCAUCUUUGGAGCGCUGAUAGAGUACGCCAUGGCCCACUUCUGCACGCUACAGCAUCCAGACUACAACAACGCACUCAUGUACGGUCAUCACAUGCACGAGUGCGAGGAGGAGAUGAACGGUAUCCUCACCACCAUCGCCAGAGAUUCUUCACGGCUAAAGCGGUGCAAAGACGCUCCGGCACCCGCGCCCACCGCCGCCGGAGAGCCUGGCCUCACACCCUCCAGCCCGACCGCCAGUGAACCCAAGACCGCCGAGGUCCCGUCGGAGCUCUUUAGCCGCUGUGCCAAAAACAUCUCCGUCCUGAGGAAGAUCCUGAGAUCCAUCAACUGCUGUCAUGUGGAAAACCCACAUUAUAUAGACAACUACUCGCGGUUAACCUUCCCACUGUCGUUCAUCAUCGUUAAUCUGCUCUACUGGACCUACUACCUGUACUUUUAACCAGGGCAUCAUGUUGAAUCAUUUCUGUGUGUUAGUAAGUACUAUAGUGUGUGCGCGUGUGUCUGAAAGACCAGUAGAGACUCAACAGAGAAGGAGAAUAAUUAGGGUUGCACCGAUACUACAUUUCUCAGCAGAUACCAAUAGCCGAAUAUUCAGAAUGAUGUUUGCCGUUACGAUAGCUGAUUAUUCAGAAUGAAAUUUGCUGAUACCGGUAAUAGAUAAUUCAGAAUGAUAUCUCUCAGUACUGAUUAUUCAGAAUGAUAUCUGCAGAUACCGAUAGCCGAUUAUUGAGAAUGAGAUCUGCUGAUACUAAUAUCCAAUUAUAUAGAAUGAUGUCUGCCGAUACCAAUAGUCAAUUAUUCAGAAUGAUAUCUGCCAAUACCGAUUAUUCAGAAUGAUUUCUGCCGAUACCGAUUAUUCAGAAUGAGAUCUGCUGAUACUAAUAUCUGAUUAUAUAGAAUGAUAUCUGCCGA